AUGAGCACAACCAACACCAGCUCGGUCAUGAUCGCGAUAGAGGAUGACAGCGCCCCACUCCUUCCGCAUGAGAUAAGCACGACGACCACGGUGGUGGCGCCGCCGCUGCCGACAACGCCCUCGCCUCGCCGACCCAAGCAGCUGCUGCUCACAGUAACGGCGACAUACGGACAGACGCCGGCCAUCGUCUCGCCCGCCGUGCCAGUCGUUCCUCACCGCUCACCCUCACCUCUCGAGCCCUUCCCGGCCUUCGACCCAAGCAUCGGCCCACCAGAAGAAUCGCCGUACUACCACAGUCUACCGCACGCGGUGUACAGCAGUCACGGCGACUACAACCACGGAGACAACGCCGUCAAAGACGCGGCGACCGCUCACACUCCCACAGCCGAACCACAACAACACCAACACCGCGAGUGCGAACAAGACAAGCACCACACCGACUCCCACGUCGACCGCACACCACCCAACCCCAUCACCGCAUCAGCAACCUCGGCCGCAGCCGCGCUUCUCUCCUCUGGCGAAGGAGAGGUAGAUAAUCGCUUCCUCUCAUUGAUGAUCCGCUGCCACACGCUCUUCGCGCUGGCGGAGCGGCUGCUCCCGCCGACAUCAACGGCUGCGAACAAGAAGGCGCUGGCUUACGUGACCGAGGCGAGGAGGGUCUUGGCAGGGCUGGAGAAGCAGAGCAGGAGGGCGCUGGGCAAGUGCGAUUGCCUUCCACAGCAACAGCGACAGCAGCAGCAGCAGAGGCACCGGCUGAUUGAGGUUUCGGCGGGAAACCUGAGGGAGAAGCUGAAGGGGUUGGAGGAGAAGGGCCUGACUAUCACAGAAGAGAAGAAGGAAGGCGAGGAGGCUGAGAGGACGGCGAGGGUGACGGCUUGGUUGGAGAUGCUGUGA